AACCAACAACAACCAGAACAGAGCAACCAACAUCUCCAAAAGAACCAAGUACAAACAUCACAACCAUAGCUAUGUCAUCUACAACAGCAUCAGCAGCAGCAACACCAUCGUCAGCAGAACCAAGAGCAACAAAUAUAAUAGAAGAAACAACAACUGUUACAAAAUCAACACCAACGAAUGCAAAAGAAUCAACAGUGACAGAAUCAAUUCUAAGCACAAGGGAACCACCAGGAACAACCACAGCUGAAGCUGUAACAACAACCACCACAGGACGAACAACAUCCAUGAAAGAACAAUCGAAAUCAACGGAAUCAGCGACAACCACAACUCCAAGUAAAGCAGACCUAUUAACCACAAACACUACGUAUCAAACAUCAACCACAAUAGGACCGCUAUUCCAAACUACAAAUCAAACAAAAACAACCGCUACACCACUACCUAUAUCAACAAGCACAGCGGAAUCGGAAACAACAUCAGAACCCUCAACGACAAUUACAACAGUUCCAGCAAGAACAACUGCUCUACCAACGAAUGAAACCAAAUAUGAGCCCAGCACCAUCAUAGUGGAACCGACAACAACCACGGUAGGAAGAAUAACUACAACAGAACCAAAAACAACCACAACAGGACAAACAACUACAAUAGGACCGACAACAACUACACUAGGCGUAAAAGCAUCAAUAUCAUCAACUACAGCAACCACAAAAGAACCAACAACAACAAAAACCAUAUCAACAACAACGACAGGACCAACGAGCACUACAACAGAACCUACAAGAACCGCAGCCAUACUAACAACAGUAACAGAAACGAUGACAGCCACAACGGAACCAACAACAAAUACGACAAAACCAACAUCGAUAACCACAAUAAAGUCAAUAACUACCGCAAGAGAACCAACAAUUAAAGCAGAACCAAAGACAAACACAACAGUAGCUACAACAUCAACCACAAUAACUUCCUCAACAGAACCUAGAACAAGCGCAAUAGAACAAACAACAGCUUCAAAACAACCAACAAUAACCCCAACAUUGCCUACAACAACAACCAAAGCAUCAACGACAACAACUACAACAGAACCAACAACAACACUCAUAACAGAACCAGCGACAGCAUCCAUAGCAGAGCAAAUAUCAACCAUAACUGGACCGGUAUCUUUGACAAAAAAAGCAAAUACAACACCUACGUUACAACGAACAAGUGCAACAAGAAUAGAAGAGACGACCACAAGAGAAGAAACAACAAUAUCAGCAGAGCCUACGACAACAGCAAAGGAACCAACGACAGCUAUCAAAGAAUCAACGAAAUCAAUCACAACAGAACGAACAACAACAAAAAUGAUACCGACAACAACCACAACAGAAACACCCAGCACAGCAGAGGCAACGACAAGCAAAACAGAACCAACAACAAUAAUUCGAACACUAACACCAACAACUGCAGCGGAACUAACAACAGCCGCAACAGAAUCAACAAAAGCAGCAAACGCAACAGAACCAACAAAAACAAUACAACCUGUGAUGGCUACAACAAAGCCAACAACGACAUCCACAAAGGAACUAACGAACACAAGCAUAACAACAGAAACAACAAGACCUGUAUCAAAAACAAGAAUCACGUUAGGGCCACCAAAUUCAACUCAAUCAAUAACAACCACAACAGAGCCAAAAACAUCUAUAAAUACAACAGAACCAACUACAUCAACACUACCAACAAUAACAACAGAAACGACAGCAAACACAACAAACAGAACAAAAACAAAUGCGACAACUGACACUGAACCCACAAAAUCUGUAAUAAGAGAACCAACAACAAAAACAGUACUAUCAACAACAGCUACACUAGAACUAACAACAUCUACAGUAGAAACCACACCAACAGAACCAACUCCAACACAGCCAACAACAACGAAAGCGCAACCAACCACAAAUAUAACAGAAAUACCAACUACAACAGAAACAACAACAAUAACUUCAACCCAGACUAUAACAGCCACAGCUGAACCAACGACCACUGCAGCAGAACAUACAGCAACAGACACAUUAGAACCAGCAUCCACAACAGGAUCAACGGCUAAAAUUACAACGGAACCUGCAACAACAACCACAAGGGAACCAACAACAGCAAUCAUAGAUGAACCACCAACAGUAGCAAAGACAGAGCCAACAAUAACAACAACAGACAAACCAACCAUAGCAGAAGCAACAAACACCACAGAAUCAACAGCAGCAACAAAGGCUGUAACAACCACAAUGGAACCAACAACAGCUUCAGAGGAAACAACAACAAUAAUUCCAAAAUUAGCUACGCAAAAAACCAUGAAGACAUCCACAACAGGACCAACAACAACAAACAUUACACAGCAAACAUCAAUCACAUUAGAAUCGAUACCCACAACAAGAAAACAGACAAAAGCAACUACUACAUUACAAACCGUAACAACAGCUGAAUCCGCAACAUCAGGUGCAACAGUACCAAGAACAACAACAAUAGUACCAACAACCGAAAAAGAACCCACAGCAACCAGAAUAGGAACAACAAAAACAAUAAACACAGCAAAACAAACAAAGCCAACAUCGAUGACGACCACGGCUGAUGCAACAACAAAGACCAUAACAGAACCAACGGAAACAAACAUCACAGUACCAACAACAACAACUAUGAAAGAACUAACAACGGCUACAACAAUAACACCACCAGCAACAACAACAACAACAACAACAACAGCCAUAUCAGAACAAACAGCAACUACGAAACCAACAGCAACCACAACAGAAUCAACAUCAGAGACGAUAGAGCCAACAACACCAAUCACAACAGAACCAACAACAAUAACAAAAACUGAACCAGCGGUAACCGAAGCAGCAGAAACACCGAUCACAACAACAACCACACUCGCACCAAAAACAACAGAAACAGAAUCAACAACAGCAAAAAAGACACCAGCAUCAACAACGGCCACCACCACAACGGAACAAAUAGCCAGAAAAGAACCAACAACUAUAACAGAUCACACAACAACCACCACCACAGAACCAACAACAACAGCCACAGUAGAAACCACAAGAAUCACAAAAGAAACAACGGUCGCAGCAGAACCAACAACAACCACAAAUGUACCAGCAACAGUAACAAGCACAGCAGAACGAACACCAACAACCUUAGAACCAACUGCAACCACAACAGAAUCUUCAACACAAACACUACUAGCAACAAACAUACCAGAAACAAGAUCAAAGCCUACAAGUGCAAAGCCAACUACAACAGAAAAACCAACCACAGGUCAGGAAAUAACAACAGUUACAACGGAACCAACAAGAGGACCAACACGAAGAACAGAACCCACAACGACAAAAACAGAGGCAACAAGAACAAAAGAACCAAGAACUAUCGAAUCAACGAGUUCACAUAAAGCACUGACAACAAUGGCAGUGCCAUCGACAAUAACCCCAGAACCAUCAUCAACGAUUGAAGCUUUCACAACUGCGGGCACAGUAUACACUACGGAACAAACAAGUGGUUUUGGUCCGACAGCAAACACUACAGUAAUAUCAACAAGUGCCAAACAACCAACAUCAGUCAUAACUGGUCAAAAUGGUACUGCGACAGAACAAACUACAAUCAAUACACUACCUACACAAACUAUUCUGCAAACUAAAAGCAUUACAUUAUCAACUUUGAGCACAGACGAGUCAGCAACAAAUAAUGAAGCAAGAACAGAAACUAAGGAACGAACAACAACGGCAACAGAAACACCAACACCAACAACAAUAUAUACAACACAAUCAAAACCAAUUACUUCGCACCAACCGUCUGCUGCACAACCAGUGACAAGCACUGUGCAAUCAAAUGCAAACACAACACCAGAAUCUCUAGAUACAACAUUAAUCGCAAGGAAAACAACCACUAAACAAUCCACAACAGAUUCUUCAGAAACAUCAGCAGAAGUACCAGCGUCCACAACCCUUCCAACAACAAUUAUAAGACGACCAACAACCACCACGGAUAAAACAACGGUCAACCAGCCGUCCACAAAGAGUACACACCAAAUUCUGAAUGGUACACUGUCAACAACAAUUACAAAACAACCGAUAACAAAUACUACACUGCAAGCUACAAUGACAAUAGAAUUAGGUAAAACAAAUCGUGUAAGAACACCAGAAGCAACAACAGAACCCACAACAGAACCCACAAAAAUUACAGUGCCAACAAAUACAACCGAACCAACAACAACCGCGCGAGUACUGACAACAUCCACACCAGAAACAACUACAACUGUAGCAUCAGCAACAUAUGCAGAAGGAACGAAGCGUACCACCGAAGUAAAUGUAAACACAACAGAUGCGAAGGCCCCCACCACCGUACCGAAACCAACGAAUAGCACACCUGUAGUGACAUCGGUCCUACUCACAGCUCUCAUGACGAAGAUGAAAGGAAUCACAACAGAACCAACAACCAUAACAACAGCAGAACCAAUAACAACAAAAACAACAAGAGAACCAAGAACAGCCACAUCUGAAUCAACAAGAACCACUGUAGAACAAACAACAACACAACUAACAACAACAACAAUAGAACCAAGAAGAAACAUAACAAAACUAACAAGAACCACAGCAGAACCAGCAACAAACACCACAGACUUAGCAGCAACAUCACCAGAACCAACAACACAAACAACAACAGAGCAAACAACCAAAACAGAACCAAGAAGCACAAUCGAAUCAACAACCACAACAGGACCAACGACAUCCACAGAAGAAUCACCAACAAGAACUGUAACGGAACCAAGAAAGACAACAGAAGCAACAACAACGACGACGAUGACAACAAAAGAACCAAUAACAACAAGAUCACCAACAACAACUACAACAACAAAAUCAACAUCAGCAGCAGAAUCAACAACGACAAUGGCAACAGAACUAGCAAGGUCCACAACAACAACAGAGCCAACAACAACAGCAACAAAACCAAAGACAACAGAAUCAACAACAACAACAACAACAACGGCAAAAGAACCAACAACAACAGCAUCACCAACAAAAACGGUAACAGAAUCAACAGUU